AUGUCUGGGACGUUCGUGCAUUCGGUAAUCUUUUGCGCCGUCUUCUCGCUUGAUGUCUCCUGAGCGGCGGUAGUGCCGGGUCGAAGGCUGACUGUUUUGCGCGGCCCCGCGCUCAAGCGGCUUUCUCCCGCGGGCCGGUAGAGCGGACCCUUGAUCCCUUCCCGCCUCUUCUUCCUCCUUGUGGCUCUGUCCACCCGCUGGACUGCGAACCGAGCCCCCCGCCCGCCUCGCAGAUUUCCAUGAAGACAACUUUCAAGGACCUUAAUGGCCUCAUUUUAGCUGCUUCAGCGGGUGGAGCUGUUGCUUGCUCCUUUUCUUCCUGUGCCUGGUGUUACAGUGGCUACUGAGCACCAUGAAGGUUGUUCCAGAGAAAAAUGCUGUCCGCAUACUCUGGGGGCGAGAGCGGGGCACUCGGACCUUCGGAGCUCAGCGGCUUCUGCAGGAGCUCGUGGAAGAUAAAACCCGGUGGAUGAAAUGGGAGGGCAAGAGAGUAGAACUGCCUGAUAGUCCACGCUCUACCUUCUUACUGGCCUUCAGCCCAGACAGGACUCUCUUGGCCUCCACCCAUGUGAACCAUAAUAUCUAUAUUACGGAGGUGAAGACGGGCAAGUGUGUUCAUUCUCUGAUUGGACACCGUCGCACUCCAUGGUGUGUCACUUUCCAUCCCACCAUCUCAGGCCUUAUUGCUUCUGGCUGCCUGGAUGGGGAGGUUAGGAUUUGGGAUUUACACGGUGGCAGUGAAAGCUGGUUCACAGAUAGCAACAAUGCCAUUGCCUCUCUGGCUUUCCACCCUACGGCUCAGCUCCUUCUGAUUGCCACUGCGAAUGAGAUCCACUUCUGGGACUGGAGCCGAAGGGAGCCCUUUGCUGUGGUGAAGACAGCUAGCGAGAUGGAACGAGUCCGUCUGGUGAGAUUUGAUCCUCUUGGACACUACUUACUUACAGCAAUUGUUAACCCCUCUAAUCAGCAGGGUGAUGAUGAACCAGAGAUCCCCAUAGAUGGAACAGAAUUAUCUCACUACCGACAGCGAGCCCUCCUGCAAUCACAGCCAGUUCGUCGGACGCCUCUCCUCCACAAUUUCCUGCACAUGCUGUCCUCUCGCUCCUCUGGCAUCCAGGUGGGAGAGCAAAGCACAGUGCAAGAGCCUGCUACCCCCUCACCCCUACCGCCUCCCCCUCAGCCCUCCAUGGAGCGCCCCAGGACUUCCGCUUACAUCAGGCUCCGACAGCGGGUCAGUUACCCCACAGCUGAGUGCUGCCAGCACCUUGGGAUCCUGUGCCUUUGCAGCCGCUGCUCUGGCACUCGAGUUCCUUCCCUCUUGCCACACCAGGACAGUGUUCCCCCUGCUUCUGCCAGGGCUACUACCCCUUCCUUUUCUUUUGUGCAGACCGAGCCCUUCCAUCCCCCGGAGCAGGCCUCAUCAACGCAGCAGGACCAGGGCCUCCUGAACCGGCCGUCUGCCUUCAGUACAGUCCAGAGCAGCACUGCCGGCAACACGCUCCGCAACCUCAGCCUGGGUCCCACCCGUCGCUCCUUGGGAGGCCCUUUGUCUAGCCACGCUUCUAGGUAUCACCGAGAAAUCGCUUCCGGUCUGACAGGAUCUGAAUGGACCCGGACAGUGCUCAAUCUGAACUCCCGCUCUGAGGCGGAAUCCAUGCCCCCGCCCAGGACCAGUGCCUCUUCGGUGACUUUGCUGUCUGUACUGAGGCAGCAGGAAGGUGGCUCUCAAGCAUCUGUGUACACUUCAGCCACAGAAGGGAGGGGUUUUCCAGCUUCAGGGUUGGCAACUGAGUCGGAUGGAGGGAAUGGCUCCAGCCAAAACAACUCAGGCAGCAUUCGCCAUGAUCUUCCAUGUGACCUGAGACGCUUCUUUUUGGAGUAUGACCGGCUUCAGGAGCUGGACCAGAGCCUGAAUGGGGAACCCCCCCAGACCCAACAGGCCCAGGAAAUGCUCAAUAAUAACAUUGAAUCUGAGAGGCCAGGCCCCUCCCACCAGCCCACCCCACACAGCAGUGAGAAUAACUCCAACCUGUCCCGUGGUCAUCUGAAUCACUGUCGUGCUUGCCACAAUCUGCUAACCUUUAACAACGAUACCCUGCGUUGGGAAAGAACCACACCUAACUACUCCUCUGGCGAGACCAGCUCCUCCUGGCAGGUCUCCAGUACUUUUGAGGGCAUGCCAUCGAGUGGCAGCCAAUUACCACCUCUUGAGCGGACUGAGGGCCAUGCGCCCAGCUCCAGCAGGCUGGAGUUGAGCAGCUCUGCUAGUCCGCAGGAGGAGAGAACUGUGGGCGUGGCCUUCAAUCAGGAGACAGGCCACUGGGAAAGAAUUUACACCCAGUCCAGCAGAACUGGAACUGUAUCACAGGAGGCCUUACAUCAGGAUAUGCCUGAGGAAAGCUCUGAGGAAGAUUCACUCAGGAGGAGGCUGCUGGAGUCUUCCCUCAUUUCAUUAUCCCGUUAUGAUGGAGCAGGAUCCAGAGAGCACCCAAUUUACCCAGACCCAGCGAGAUUAUCUCCUGCUGCAUACUACGCUCAGAGGAUGAUCCAGUAUCUUUCACGGAGAGACAGUAUUCGCCAGCGCUCCAUGCGCUACCAACAGAACCGGCUUCGCUCUUCCACCUCCUCCUCUUCUUCAGACAACCAGGGUCCAUCAGUAGAGGGAACCGACUUGGAAUUUGAGGACUUUGAGGACAAUGGUGACAGAUCCAGGCACCGAGCUCCACGCAACGCCCGGAUGUCUGCACCUUCACUGGGACGCUUUGUACCAAGGCGUUUCUUGCUGCCUGAGUACUUGCCUUAUGCUGGAAUUUUUCAUGAACGUGGACAGCCUGGCUUGGCUACUCACUCUUCUGUUAACAGGGUCCUGGCAGGGGCAGUGAUUGGUGAUGGACAGUCUGCUGUGGCCAGUAAUAUUGCCAAUACUACCUACCGGCUCCAGUGGUGGGACUUCACUAAAUUUGACCUCCCAGAAAUCAGUAAUGCCUCCGUGAAUGUGCUGGUACAGAACUGCAAGAUCUACAAUGAUGCCAGCUGUGACAUUUCUGCAGAUGGUCAACUCCUGGCAGCUUUCAUCCCUAGCAGCCAAAGGGGCUUUCCCGAUGAAGGCAUCCUGGCAGUGUACUCCUUGGCCCCCCACAACUUGGGUGAAAUGCUCUACACCAAGCGAUUUGGUCCCAAUGCCAUUUCUGUGAGCCUGUCCCCAAUGGGCCGGUACGUAAUGGUGGGCUUGGCCUCACGAAGGAUCCUGCUGCACCCCUCCACAGAGCACAUGGUGGCCCAGGUCUUCAGGCUGCAACAGGCCCAUGGUGGCGAGACCUCCAUGCGGAGAGUUUUCAACGUCCUUUAUCCCAUGCCUGCUGACCAGCGGAGACAUGUCAGCAUCAACUCUGCUCGCUGGCUGCCUGAGCCUGGGCUCGGCCUGGCCUAUGGUACCAACAAGGGAGACCUGGUGAUCUGCCGACCAGAAGAGGAAGGGGGAGAGAGAAAUAAACAACAGUGAUGAAAGAGAAUUACCAAUCGGCUGCCUCCUGCACCCUCACACUGGAGAUGGAACCCGAGACCCUUCAGUCCACAGGCUGAUGCUCUAUCCACUGAGCCAAACCGGCUAGGGCUAUAGCCGGUUUGUCAAGCCACUGAUCUCUAACCACCUGGCUCUGUGUCCUGCCUGUUUGCCUUUCUGCUGGAGGCUCUGGCUCAUAAUAGAAAAGGCAGAUUGAAAAGUGCAAUUUAAAAAUUGAAAUGGCCCUGGCCUGUGUUCAGUGGUUGGAGCACAAUCCCACACACUGAAGGGUCUCAGUUUUGACUCCUGGUCGAGGGCAUAUAUUUGGGUUGCAGGUUCCAUCCCUGGUCCGAUUGGGGCACAUGUGGGAGGCAACCAAUCCAUAAUAUGUCUCUCUCACAUUGAUGUACCUGUCUCUCUGUCCUAACCCCUCCUACUCCCUCCCUUCCACUCUCUUAAAAAAUCAAUGGAAAAAAAUCCCCAGGUGAGGAUUUAUAACAAAAAUCAAAAUGAUUAUUAUCUAGUCCUGAAGUAGGGAGUAGGAGGGGACCCAAACCAAAGCAUUUCUGUAGUCAGUCCUGAUUAUCUCCUUCCUCUUCCUCUGGCUUUCUGGAGGAUAGAGAUCUAUUUAGGCAGGACCCUGGGAGUCAGCCAAGCCUGUCAUCAAUUUCCAUGCCCAUCCAGGUGGGGAGUGUGAAGCUCUGUGCUUCAGUGCAGAUUAAGCUGACUGCGGAGUGGGCCGCUGCAGGGUUCCAGCUUACUGACUGCCACUCCUGCUUCAGGCCGUCCUAAUGCUGCCCUUCACUGAGUAUAGAGUCUCCGUGGGUGUUCUGCAGAUCACAGAGAUGGGACUGUCUGGUAGGGUCUCUGGGAUUGUCCAUGCUGUCUUUUGCUAGGGCCCUUGAUGAUUUUUCCAGGGUCUGUAUUUGGGUCAGAUCUUAUAGCCUGGUUAUUGAGUCCUUAUUUGAGCUAGAUUAUUGGUCCAGGAGAAAGAAAACUUGGUUCUAAGGGCAGCUCAUUCCAUUUGGAAUUUUCAGGGCCCCUCUCAGAUAGAAGCUGCUGCCCGGCCAGUGUGGCUCAGUGGUUGAACAUUGACCUAUGAACCAGGAGGUCACAGUUCAAUUCCUGGUCAGGGUAAAUGCCUGGUUGCAGACCUCCUCUCUAGUAGGGGGCACGCAGGGGGCAGCCAAUUGAUGAUUCUCUCUCAUCAUUGAUGUUUCUGUCUCUCCUCCCUUCCUCUCCAAAAUCAAUAAAAAACAUUUAAAGAAAAAAGAAAGAGAGAGGCUGCUGUCUGAACCUGACCUGGUCAAGCUGCUCUUGGAGCUGGCAGACUGCUUGGCCUGCAGGCCGAGCUCUCCUCAGGCUCUGUGUCCGGAGGGCCCCUUCCACGAGCUCCUGGGCCUUUCCGGAGCCCAGCCUGCCUGUCAUGACUGUGCCACCAUCAGCCUCGGUACUGGGUCUGUUCCCUUCCGCUCUCACCGUGGCUGCUCAUAGUCCCAGGAUCUGUCUUCCCUGAAAUACUUAUUUCCCCCAAAGUAUACGAGUCUGAUUAUCUUGUAUCUUCCUCUUUUCUUUGGAAUUCAUAGGCAUGUUUUCUAAAGCUGGCCCAGAAUCCUGGACUUUAAUUUUAUUCUUACGAACACGGUAGUUGCAGGCGUUUCUUUCCCUGUUUUUCCAAGACAUCCUUCCUCAGCGUUGUUGUCUUCUCUAUGGAUCCAGCCACUAACCUUCCUCCAAGCCCCCACCCCUUGCAGACGUGAUCUGCUCUCACAGAGGCAGAAUCUCUACCUCCAGCUAGUCAUGGCCCCCGAGGACUUUGAUGUCUGAAACCCCAGCCCACGUACUUGCUGUGAGUCAUAGACACCUCGGAGAAGCAUGAAGCUGGCUUUGGCCUAUCUUUCCUCACCAUAUGUUGUCUUCAGCAGCCAGAGCCUCAGCAGGCCAAAGCCAUCUUGGACUGCUUGGGGAACUCUCUUCCCACCAGGAACCGAAGCCUCUUUUGUGAGCAGGGUGGCAUUUGACACAGAAAACAGCAUCCCAUCACAAAUCAAGUCAUGUUGGACUGAAGGAAAGCUACCUUAGCCGGCCUAUUUCAGUGUUGCUGUUUUUCCUGAUUUUUUGGGUCAUGUUAGCAAAUGCUGCAAACCUUAGGGUUGGACAUUUAAAGGUCCAUGUAUAUUAAGAUGGACGGACUUUGACCUAAGUCAUUCAGAGCUUCUCCAGUUCUGAGUCCCCUUCAUAACUGUAUGGUUGGUUUGCUUCAGGCAGGGAAGACUGAACAAUAUUCAGAUGAGGUAGAGUGAAAGCUCACCGAAGGCCUCCCAGAAGAUCAAUGAAGGAAUCUGGGCUUCCUAACUUUCCAAUCCAGAGCUCUUUUCCUGUAGCUGGUUUUUAACUUUUUU